UGAAAUGAAUGCAUGAGUUUGGGAAAUACUUAUAAAAUUCACUACAAUUAUUUCUCACUUUUUUUGAAGUACAAAUUAAGAUAAAUCACAUUAAAGCUCAUGAAGUUUAUCAACAAAUAAUACACAAAGUUAAUUCUCUUGUUAUUAUUGAAUCAUUUCUAGCAAAGCAACGCUCCUACGAAAACAAGCUCCGAUUGCCCCGCGCACCCCAAUCGCCGCGAUGGACCACGACGAUUUUGCCAAUAUCGAAUGGCAGAACAGUCAGCGAGGGCAUUCACGAAGUGAUGAUGAAAGCGAAGGUCCAGAUAUUGAUAGAAACGAUGGUGAAACUCAAGCUGGAACCCAUGCAGAUGCUCUGGAUCUUGCAGGCGUUGGGGGAGGUGUCCUCGAGUGUACAGUCGGAUUACCUAUUAAGGAGAAUGAUGGAACGAAAGAUGCAUACGUAUCAUACCUUGUUACUACGCAUGUUCGUCUCCAUUGAAGUGCUUCGAGGCGCAGGAUAACAUACUGAUUUGAAACUUAGACUACAUUUCCCUCUUUCCAAAAACCUACGACUUCUGUCCGAAGACGAUUUACGGAUUUUGUAUUUUUAUACAACACGCUCUUCAAAGAAUAUCCAGCAUGUGCCGUUCCUCCUCUACCAGAUAAGCAUAAGAUGGAAUAUGUCCGAGGCGAUCGAUUCAGUGUUGAUUUCACCCAAAGACGCGCCAACUCACUAGGACGUUUCCUUACCCGUCUCACUCUCCACCCUGUUCUUCGUCGCAGCGCCAUUUUGAUAAUAUUCCUGGAAAGCUCGGACUGGAAUGCGACGAUGAGGUCUCGCCCAUCGCGGGGCGCUUCUCGAGACGAACAGGCUGCGGGAGUAUUUGAUAAUUUUGCGGAUACAUUCAUAAAUGCCUUUACCAAAGUCCAUAAGCCCGAUCAACGCUUCAUAGAAGUCAAAGGGAAGUCCGACAAAUUGGACGAAGACCUGGGACAUAUCGAAAAAAUCGUGGCUCGUGUAGCUCGUCGUGAAGGUGAUUUGGAAACGGAUUACAAGGAGCUAGCAGAACAAUUCCAACGCCUGAUUAAUCUUGAGCCCGGCAUCGAGCCCAAUAUUCAUGCAUUCAGCGCGAGUGUGGAGGAUACGAGUGCAGGAAUCAAGACAUUGAAGGAUCAUACGGACCAAAACUAUCUGGGUAGUUUGAGAGAUAUGCAAGCUUACAGCACGGCGGUUAAGAAUUUAUUGAAAGCUCGCGAACAGAAACAACUCGAUUUUGAACAAUUAACCGAAUAUCUCACCAAAUCCACUAACGAUCGAGAUCAACUAGCCUCAUCUCAUGGCUCCGGCGCUCUGACUGGAGCAGGAGGGUUCAUCCGCUCUAAAAUUGAAGAUGUGCGGGGAGUGGACCAUGAACAAUCUCGCAGAGAAAGGCUAAGGAGAUUAGAAUUGAGGAUAGAGGAAUUGACGAAGGGAGUCGAAGAAGCGAAGAAAACGACGGAAGCGUUUGAUGAGGAAGUAGUAAGGGAAGUAGCGGAUUUCGAGAGAAUUAAGAGGGUGGAAUUUAGGACUCAGUUGGGUGCAUUGGCAGAUGCACAUAGGGACUUUUAUGAGGGGGUAGGGAGGAUCUGGGAAGGCUAUGUUAGGGAAAUGGGUGGCGAGGUGGUGGCGAGUGGAGUAGAAGCUUAGGAGAUGUGGAUGGGAAAAUCAAAAUCAAAAUCAAGGAACGGAAGGGCGUGGGGAAUGAGGAGGUAAUGCAACAGGAAGGAAGUAGAUGAGUGGCCAUUUGUCUUUCUCAUGGAAAUAAGUUUUCUCGGAUUGAUGGAUUGAUUGCAAGCAAGUAGGCGUUUAUGGGAUCCGGAGCAUGCGAUCCUCAUCAUGGUGUGGAUGAUGACGGUUAUGGUUAGUUAUGAUUAUGAUUAGGUACGAAAAUUACCUUCCGCGCUUAGGUAGACAAGAAUAAUGAUAUAUACAUACGU